AUAUAUCGCAUUGCAAAACCCAGCUUCUUUUGUAUGCUGCAAAAGACCGACCUCGUAUUCUGAGAUGACUGAAAGUUCAAGGAGUAGAUCGCUGCGUUUUCUGCUGUUUUUGGCUUCCGUAUCCCUGCAAUUCGUUUCAGGUUUUUCGGAUGACUCCCCAAAUUCAAAAAUCAGCACAAAGAAAAAGUCGAAUGGAAAUAGUAACAUUUGGAUCAAGUUAGUUAUCAUAUUGAUCGGGCUAGCUGCUGUGGGUUUGCUUUCGUUCUUCCUUUUCAAGGUAUGGCAGAAAAAGAAACGAGACAAGCAACAUGCCCGUCUUUUGAAGUUGUUCGAAGAAGAUGGUGACCUCGAGGCUGAACUUGGCCUUCACGACUGAAGGCAUCGUUUAAAACUGAGCUCAUCCUCUUUGAGUUUGAGGUGUGUAAAUAAACUGUCUUUCAGUACUGGUGAAAAGAGAUUCAGC